AUGAACUGUGCUUGCCUCUUAAGAGAUAUUUCUCCCCACGCCGUCUGUGUGGUCGGUCGAAUGGUAUGGACGACUUAGCAGACGCCUUCGAAAGACGUACUUCAGCAGCACAUUGCGCCUUGUAUUGGCGUCACUUGUCAAAUGCCACAGCCUCGACUCGGCCGCUGAGAGUGUCCGCGCUGUUGUUCCCAUCCACAUAGACAGACAGGGAUGAUUAGCUUACGCCAUCCACGCUGAACCUUGCUAGUGUAUGUCCUAUAGCAUGUCUACGAAACUCAGCCGAUCCUCGUACACCGUCGUCCUCGUCGGCGCGACCGGCGGCCUCGGAAAGGAGGUUGCGAAUGUCUUCCUCUCCUCCUACAAGCCCUUCUUCUCGCGCAUCAUCGUCACUGUGCGAGACACCACCACCCCAGCCGCGAAAGAGCUCGCUGAGCAGGGAGCUGAGCUCGUUACGAUCAGCACUGUGGGCGCUGUAGCGUCGCUCACCAAGGCGUUCGAGGGCGUCGAUGCCGUCGUGAACCUCCUGGGUCGGGCGCCGGACGAGUUCAGGGAUGCCGUUGGAGAGGCGGCGGUCAAGAGCGGCGCGAAGGUCUACUUCCCCUCGGAGUUUGGCUCUGACCACCGUAUCAACGACUUCCCCGGAUGGGAUGACGCUGACUGGAUUUUCAAGGGCCAGCACGCACGGAAGUACCGCCAGCUCGGAGCCGGCAGGACGAAGGUCAUCUCGGUGUACAACGGGCUCUUCCUCGAGGGCCUCCUCGGGCCUUGGUUCGGCUUCGACACCGCCAAGUUCACCUAUACCUCCGUCGGCUCGCCCGACGCGAAGACCGCGGUCACCGCGAAGGCGGACGUCGGGCGCGCGCUCGCCGAGCUCACCCUCCUCUCGCUGAACCCUGAGACCGCCGUGAGCGUGCCGAACGACGUGCACAUUGCCGGGAGCAACGUGAGCUGGCGCCACAUCCGCGACAUCGUCCAGAAGGUGCGCAACGAGCUCAGCGUGGAGCCGAGGGGCGAGAUCAAGGUCGAGAGCGUCGAGCUGGCCGUGUAUCGGGAGAACCUGAAGAAGGAACAGCUGGUGGAGCCGAGGGCCGGGCCUCUCGACCAUAUCAAGGUGCUCAUCGGGGAGGGGAAGAUGGACUUCUCGAAGAACAACGACGAGCUGGUCAACCCUGGCCAGAGCAUCUGGAAGUGGAAGACUGUUGAGAAGUUCGUUCGCGAGAAGGGAGGCCAGGUGUAAACAGUUGACCUGAUGCA